AUGAGAUCGGUUUUUGGAAUACCGGAUCCAAACUCAGUGACGAAUCUCUCGAACUUGGUGAAAACAGUUUCCCCGCUCGUGCCGAGUGAGUCGAUUGAGUUAAAAAUCUCACCAACAACCGAUGAAGCGUGUGAUGAGGCAGCUUCUGGAUCAUCGGAUAUGUCACCACCACCGCAUUCACCAAGUCAAAGUCACUCGGGUAUUCAAUUGGAUUCUUCACUUGAUCCAAAUGAUCAUGUGAAACGCCCAAUGAAUGCUUUCAUGGUAUGGAGUCGAGGACAAAGAAGAAAAAUGGCACAAGAUAAUCCAAAGAUGCACAAUUCGGAGAUUAGCAAACGUCUUGGCGCUGAGUGGAAACGCUUAAGUGAGGCUGAGAAGAGACCAUUUAUUGAUGAGGCGAAAAGACUUCGCGCUCUUCAUAUGAAAGAACAUCCCGAUUACAAGUAUCGCCCAAGGAGAAAGCCGAAAGCCAGCAAUAAGAACAAGCCUCAUGUUACUCCACUCAGCCUGUCUUUACCGUUCCCGUCAAGCCCAUUCUUGACUCCGUACUCGUUGCCAAAGACGGAUACAACUUCGUUGGGAUACUCAUUCCUUCCUGGCCUCGAUUCUCCGUGGAUGAUGUAUGCACGAGCGCUUCAACAGGCUCAAGUCCAACCUCUUCUCAUCCCAACUGUCGGAACUUCAAUCGACUCUCCAUCUCCG